AUGCAAUGUAUCUUCGUCUAUGUCCCGCUUUCGUACCCGCAAUACGCAGCUAGCUUGUUUGCCGGGAACGAUUUCUUGAGGAGUGCGUUUGCAUGUGGUAGUAUUCUGUUUGGCAGACCGUUGUUCAUCAAUUUGGGCGUUGGAAAGGGUGUCAGUGUGCUUGGUGGUCUGAGCGUCAUUGGUAUCAUUGGGAUGUUUGCACUCUACGUGUUUGGAGCCAAGCUGAGAGCGAGGUCGAAGUUCGCUAUUGCAUAA